CACCACCACACCCAGCUGUAAGCGGCAGCUAAAAGUUAUAAAGACUAGAGUUAUAGCCAGUACUUCCUGCUGUGUUGUCACCGAUAGGAUCUUAAAAUGUCUCCGAUAAAGGACUUAAAUCUGACCUAUGAAGCUGUCAACAAUAAGGGAACUUUUUCUGUAGGGGAUACUAUCGUAGGAACAGUCACUUUCACUUUGACUAAAGAAACCAAAGUGAAGUGCCUGCUGGUGAAAGCCAAAGGGGACGCGCACGUUAAAUGGUCAGAGGGCACCGGAGACAACCGCAGGUCGUACAGCGCGCACAGGAGAUACUUCAAACUCAAAGAGCACCUGGUUGCAGAAAAUGCCAAAGGCACUGUACUUCCCAAAGGAGCCCAUUGCUUCAAGUUCAGGUUUACAAUCCCUCAGUGGGACAUGCCUCCAUCUUUCAAGGGGAUUCAUGGAAAGAUUGUCUAUAUGCUUGAAGCAAAGAUGUCCAGGAGCUGGCGGUUUCCUUCUCUAGCACAGAAAGAGCUCAAUUUUGUUUCAAAGUCCUUUUCGUACCCUGGCCAAGUAAUGUGUCCCCAGUCUGGUACAGUGGGAAAAGGAAAGAUCCAAAUGUCUUUUACCAUUAACAAGAAGGUUUGCUCUCCAGGUGACACUUUAUCUGUUGUUGCCAAAAUCUGCAACAACUCCUCCAAAAAAACGAAGCCCAAAUUCAGUUUACAGCAGAAAAUAGUGUACCGCGCCAAGGGCUCCAAAAAAAUCAGUGACAUAAUUCUGUACAAAAUGGUUGGGGAGACUAUCGCACCGAACUCAGAGGAAACGGUCUCCUAUCAGUUGGAGAUUCCUGCCGAUGCCGCCUACACUAUCCAGAAUUGUGAAAUCCUCUCAGUUGACUAUUACCUCAAGGCGUAUUUGGACAUCAGAUUUGCCAUCGACCCAACGGUUGUGUUUCCACUGGUCAUCGUUCCUGCUGGCUUUGCUACCCUUCAGCCUGGUGAGGCUGUGGGGCCUUACCCAGCUGUGCGGCCUUACCCAGCUGUGGGGCCUUACCCAGCUGUGGGGCCUCACCCAGCUGUGUGGCCUCACCCAGCUGGGGCUGCUGGGGCCCCAAGUUACAGUGACUUCCCUCCCCCUGCCUUCCCUAGUGGACCUUAUCCUGUACCUGCAGGUCCAGGUGCUUAUGGGUACCCGGCACCAGAUCCCACUCAGCCUGGAAACAUGACAAGUGGCUGGAAUAAUCAGUGGCCACCACAGGCCGCUCCGUACGGUUUUCCGACAGCAGCUUCAUCUUCAGUGCAGCAUCAAGGCCCUACUGCUCGGCCUCUGCAUCAAGGCCCUACUGCUCCACCUCUGUUUCAACAGGGAGAAGAUCCUCCAUCUUAUACGUCCCUUUUCUUACCUUCUCUGGACCCUCUGGGUACGACUGGCUCAGAUCACAAAAGCUGAGCUUCAAGAAGAACAAAUAAUCUUGACUCAAAAAUACUGAAAGGUCACGAGGGCAUUUGAGCUAUUUGUAAUGUAUUUGCAUUCUGUAUUUCUACUACUUUUUAACGAUAUUUACAGUUAUGUUAUAUGUGUAAAAUAUUUCAUAUGUACAGUGUGUGUUCUGAUGUAGUAGCCGACCAAAAUGACCUGUCUGUGCCCCUCAUUUAUUUCACUGUAAGGGGAUUAAAGUGAAAACGUGUGUUGCUACCUUUAUUCUUGACUGUUGUGUGCGUCCACUGACCUGUAAAUACGUUAUGUCACAUACUGUAUUAAUAUGGUUUAUGUAUAUUCAUCCUUUUUUUAAGAUAAUUCUUACAUCCCUUUCAUUUCAGCUACUGCUUCGGUGCUUUUAGUGUCAGUCAUUUCUGUGUGCUUCCUUAACAACAUGUUAUGCUGUUUUUCAUCUGUUGGAGUAUGUUUUUAAUGCAUUGUUAGGUGUCCUUGGGUGUCCUGAAAGGCACUACCAAAUAAAAUGUAUUAUUAUUAUUAUUAUUAUUAUUAUGUCAUUCAGUUCCUUAUAAUGACUGGUUGAAUGGUUUGUAUUGUAUUUUCCUUCCUCCUUUUUCAGAAACCACACACACACACACAUUCACACUACAAAGGUACUCCUGUUCACCCUGUCAAGCCAAACUCAACAAUAAAGUUUUCUAUCUGCUACUAU